UCUCAAAGCCGAGCACCGCCCUACAAAAAAAGGCUGUCACCUGUCACUUUUUGUAACCUAAAAAAUUUAAAAUUUUAAUAACAAAAUAAAAUAUUUUUAUAGAUUUCGUUCUGUAAUGGACAACAAAGUAUUUUUACUCUCUUAUACUUCAAAAGAGGAGUAUAAUCAAACAGGUGUAAUAAAAAUUCCUUUGGAAUCACUAUUAACUUUCCUAAUACACAAAUAUUGCCAGUCCGACGAUGUAAAGCUGAACUUUGUGUAUACGACUAAUAAUACAGACACAGUAUUAUUAGACCUACCAGAAAAAAGUAUCGAGUUCAUUGAAAGUAACAAAAUUCCUUGGCAAGUGACUUCAUGUGUGUACCCGACGGCUUUCUAUGGGAAUACAAUAAUCACUGGAUUAUGUGCGGUUUCGCGACAUUUAUGUAAAUAUAGAACAUCCCCGCACUCCCCCAGCGAGUCUGAAGAUGGUUUACUUGGUUUUAGAAAAGGUUGCCUUCAAGCCCCUAAUGAAGUGUCAAUUUGGACAAAGUUCUGUGAAAUUGAUCUAAUAUACUCUAUCAGAGGUUUACUGCUUGAGGAAACUAUAUUAGAAAUACCAAAAAGUCUUGUAAGAUUCGAAAACCAUUUAAAGAAACCAGUCAGAAUACAUAAUGUACAUAAAAUAGCAAGGAAUUUGAAGAAAGAGACUCUAUUGGAUAAAGGCACCUUAGAGAAUUUAACUAACAAGAAAAAUGAUAAUAAACCAAUAGACAGGACCCCUAAAAAUAGAAAGUGGAAAUCAAAUGUCAAGAAAGAGUCCGGAGCAAGAAUAGAAGAUGUUGCUCAUCAAUUUGCUGAGGGUCCAUUUUUUACUCUCGCUGACUUGGUUCUACUGCCUUUAUAUUCAAUAGUAAUAAAAAGUAUUGGAGAUAAAGUUAUAAAAUCAUUGUUACCAACAACCUAUGAAUGGUAUUUGAAUGUAAAAAGUAUGCAAGAACUUCAAAAUAUAAAUAAUUUGAUGCAGAAAAUUGAUGUUAAGGCUGUAACAGUAAAAAACUUGGAGUUACCACAUGCAGACAAUGUCAGUCUUUACAAAUCUGAUCCUAAAAGACUAAACCCUAAAAAGAGAUUGUUCACAAAACCAGAAGAUAUAGAAAAUGCCUUAAGUAUAUUGGUAGAAGGAAUGGAAUUAGGUUUAAGUGAUUUCAGUUUUGAUAAAACUCAUGAUUGGAGUACCAUUCCCGAAGGAGCCAACCCAGCGGCUGGCCACUUGCCAGAUGAAAGAGUUACCAGAAAGUCUCAACAGCUAGAAAACUUAUGUCUCGCUGUUCUAGGAAUGGCAAAAGCUGGUGAUAUUAUUGUAGACUUCUGUAGUGGCAGUGGACAUUUAGGAAUCCUCAUUGCAUAUUUACUUCCUAAAUGUACGGUCAUCCUUCUAGAGAAUAAAGAGCAAUCCCUUUCAAGGGCACGUGAUAGAGUCAUUGAAAUGGGUCUUCGAAAUGUGUAUUUCUUCCAAUGCAAUUUAGAUUUCUUUAUUGGUAAAUUUGACAUAGGAAUAGCCUUACAUGCAUGUGGGAUUGCAAGUGAUUUGGUUUUGGACAAAUGUUUGAAUGCAAAUGCCAAGUUUGUUAUAUGUCCAUGUUGCUAUGGAUCAUUACAUGCGACUGAUAGGCUUGUUUAUCCCAGGAGUGCCAUGUUUAAGAGAAUGACUAUUGGCCAAUAUUUGUGUAUUGGCCACGCUGCUGAUCAAACUCAUGAAGAACACCCGCUUACAGUCAGAGGGGCAAGAUGCAUGGCAAUUAUAGAUUCAGACAGAGCAAGAUUGGCUGAAGAGUUUGGCUUCAAAGUUACUUUGUCAAGAUUAAAACCUUUGUCGUGUACUCCGAAAAACAACCUACUUAUAGGUGUACCAUGUUAGAAUAAGAGUCACAUACUAUAAAAAACUUUUUAAUAAGAUAAAAAUAUUUUUUGUACUACUAUAAAGUCUUUCAAUUAUAUAAAAUUGGAAAGUAAACAAACACCUUGGUUUUCAUAAGAACCAUACAUUUCUAUAUUGUUUUUAACAUGAGUAUAAACUAAAUAAGUAUUUUAUAUAAUUAUUAAUAAACCUUAGGAAUAAAAUUAUAAUUAACAUGCAUACUUAACAAGGGCCUAUAAAUAGAACUGCUGAAGAGUGUUGUUGGUAUUUACCAUCAAACAUUACCAUUUUACAAGAUUAAAAGAUAAUAUUUUUGAUUUUUGUUUUUUUUUU